UGACCUUAGGCCUCGAGCGCGAGGCAAACAGACGGCCGGGUGUCGGGCCCUCCUCCUCCUCCAUUCGCCUGAGAGAAGAGAGAGGUCGCUCUCGUUCUUCCUCCUCCUCCUCCUCCCUCCUCACCCCCUCUUCCUCCCGGCCCUCCCUUCUACUGUUCCCGCGCGCGAGGGCCAGGCGCUGGCGAUGGUUCUGACCUCCGUGCGGCGCGCGCGCUAAUCCUCCCCGCCCCCCGCCCGCCUCGCCUCGUUCCACCCCCGCCUCGGGGAAGAGCGUCGCGCGGAACCGUCGCCGCCGCCGCCUCCUCCGCCGCGCUCUCUCGCCAGACAAGGGCCCGCCCCGUCCCACCCUUCGCCGCCGCCACACACAGCACUGGGCGACGUGGAGCCGGCGAGACGCGGCCCCCACCGGGACCAUCAACAUGGCGAGUGCCUCGUACCACAUCUCCAACUUGCUGGAGAAAAUGACGUCGAGCGACAAGGACUUCAGGUUUAUGGCAACAAAUGACUUGAUGACUGAACUACAGAAAGAUUCUAUCAAGUUAGAUGAUGAUAGUGAAAGGAAGGUUGUGAAAAUGAUUCUGAAGUUGCUGGAAGAUAAAAAUGGUGAAGUACAAAAUUUAGCAGUCAAAUGCCUUGGGCCCCUGGUGAGUAAAGUGAAAGAAUACCAAGUGGAGACAAUUGUAGAUACCCUCUGUACUAACAUGCUUUCUGAUAAAGAGCAGCUACGUGAUAUUUCAAGCAUUGGCCUUAAAACAGUCAUUGGAGAACUUCCUCCUGCUUCCAGUGGUUCUGCAUUAGCAGCUAAUGUUUGUAAAAAGAUCACUGGGCGUCUUACCAGUGCUAUCGCCAAGCAAGAGGAUGUGUCUGUUCAGUUAGAGGCCUUAGACAUCAUGGCUGAUAUGCUAAGCAGGCAAGGAGGAUUGCUCGUUAACUUCCAUCCUUCUAUUCUGACAUGCCUGCUUCCUCAGCUGACUAGUCCAAGGCUUGCUGUGAGAAAAAGAACCAUCAUUGCUCUUGGUCAUCUUGUUAUGAGUUGUGGAAACAUAGUGUUUGUUGACCUCAUUGAGCAUCUGUUGACAGAGCUUUCUAAAAAUGAUUCCAUGUCAACAACAAGGACCUAUAUACAGUGUAUUGCUGCCAUCAGUAGGCAAGCAGGUCAUAGAAUAGGUGAAUACCUGGAAAAAAUUAUCCCUUUGGUAGUAAAAUUCUGUAAUGUAGAUGAUGAUGAGCUUCGAGAAUAUUGCAUUCAAGCAUUUGAAUCUUUUGUUAGGAGAUGUCCUAAAGAAGUUUAUCCUCAUGUAACUACCAUUAUAAACAUUUGUCUUAAGUACCUUACAUAUGAUCCCAACUACAAUUAUGAUGAUGAAGAUGAAGAUGAGAAUGCUAUGGAUGCUGAUGGUGGAGAUGAUGAUGAUCAAGGGAGCGAUGAUGAAUACAGUGAUGAUGAUGACAUGAGCUGGAAAGUUAGACGUGCAGCUGCGAAAUGCUUGGACGCUGUAGUCAGUACGCGACAUGAAAUGUUACCAGAGUUCUACAAGACGGUGUCUCCUGCUUUAAUUGCUAGAUUCAAGGAACGAGAGGAAAACGUAAAAGCAGAUGUUUUCCAUGCAUAUCUCUCUCUUUUAAAACAAACGCGUCCUGUGCAGAGUUGGCUCUGUGAUCCUGAUGCCAUGGAACAAGGAGAGACUCCUUUAACAAUGCUUCAGAGUCAGGUUCCCAACAUUGUUAAAGCCUUGCACAAACAGAUGAAGGAGAAGAGUGUGAAGACUCGUCAGUGUUGUUUUAACAUGCUAACAGAGUUGGUCAAUGUCUUGCCUGGGGCUCUCACACAGCAUAUUCCUGUACUUGUCCCAGGGAUAAUUUUUUCACUGAACGACAAAUCAAGUUCUUCUAAUCUGAAGAUAGAUGCUUUAUCGUGUUUGUAUGUGAUCCUCUGCAAUCACACACCCCAAGUUUUUCACCCUCAUGUUCAAGCAUUGGUGCCUCCUGUUGUGGCAUGCGUUGGAGACCCAUUUUAUAAAAUAACAUCUGAGGCGCUGUUGGUUACCCAGCAGCUUGUGAAAGUCAUCCGGCCUCUGGAUCAGCCUUCUUCUUUUGAUGCAAGCCCUUACAUCAAAGAUUUGUUUACAUGUACAAUCAAGAGACUCAAAGCUGCUGAUAUUGACCAGGAAGUAAAAGAGAGGGCAAUCUCCUGUAUGGGUCAAAUCAUUUGCAGUCUCGGCGACAAUCUUGGCUCUGACCUUCCUAGUACACUUCAGAUCUUCUUAGAGAGACUAAAAAACGAGAUCACUCGGCUAACCACUGUGAAGGCUUUGACUCUGAUAGCUGGUUCUCCGCUGAAGAUAGAUCUGAGGCCAGUUCUAGGAGAAGGUGUCCCUAUUCUUGCUUCUUUCCUCCGAAAGAACCAGAGAGCUCUGAAACUAGGAACUCUUUCUGCUUUAGAUAUAUUAAUCAAAAACUACAGUGACAGCUUGACAGCUGCUAUGAUUGAUGCUGUCCUGGAUGAGCUUCCACCUCUCAUCAGUGAGAGUGAUAUGCAUGUGUCACAAAUGGCCAUUAGUUUUCUGACCACCCUUGCUAAAGUUUAUCCUUCUUCUCUCUCGAAAAUCAGUGGCUCCAUACUGAAUGAACUUAUUGGGCUGGUGAGGUCACCAUUAUUGCAGGGUGGAGCACUUAGUGCCAUGCUAGAAUUUUUCCAAGCUCUGGUUGUGACUGGAACAAGUAACUUAGGAUAUAUGGACUUAUUGCGUAUGUUAACGGGCCCAGUGUACUCUCAGAGUACAGCACUUACUCACAAGCAGUCUUAUUAUUCCAUUGCCAAAUGUGUAGCUGCCCUUACACGAGCAUGCCCUAAAGAGGGACCAGCAGUAGUAGGUCAGUUUAUUCAAGAUGUUAAGAACUCAAGGUCAACAGAUUCCAUCCGUCUCCUUGCUUUGCUUUCUCUUGGGGAAGUUGGACACCACAUUGACUUAAGUGGACAAAUAGAGCUAAAAUCUGUAAUAUUAGAAGCAUUCUCCUCUCCAAGUGAAGAAGUGAAAUCAGCAGCUUCUUACGCGUUGGGCAGCAUCAGUGUCGGCAACCUUCCUGAGUACCUCCCAUUUGUCUUACAAGAAAUUACUAGUCAACCUAAAAGGCAAUACCUUCUGCUCCAUUCCUUGAAGGAGAUAAUUAGCUCCGCAACAGUGCAAGGCCUCAAACCAUAUGUGGAGAGCAUCUGGUCUUUGCUCCUGAAACACUGUGAGUGUGCAGAAGAGGGUACCAGAAAUGUUGUUGCUGAAUGCUUGGGGAAGCUUACUUUAAUAGACCCAGAGACUCUGCUACCGCGCCUUAAAGGAUAUUUGCUUUCAGGAUCAUCAUAUGCUCGAAGUUCAGUGGUCACUGCUGUGAAGUUCACAAUCUCUGACCAUCCACAGCCCAUAGACCCAUUAUUAAAGAAUUGUAUAGGUGACUUUUUGAAAACAUUGGAAGAUCCAGAUCUGAAUGUGAGACGAGUAGCUCUGGUAACAUUUAAUUCAGCAGCACACAAUAAACCAUCACUAAUAAGGGACCUUUUAGAUACUGUGCUUCCACAUCUUUAUAAUGAAACAAAAGUGAGAAAGGAACUAAUAAGAGAGGUUGAAAUGGGUCCAUUUAAGCAUACAGUUGAUGAUGGUCUUGAUAUCAGAAAGGCAGCUUUUGAGUGUAUGUACACUCUGCUAGAUAGCUGCCUUGAUAGGCUAGACAUCUUUGAAUUCCUAAACCAUGUGGAAGAUGGUUUGAAGGAUCACUAUGAUAUUAAGAUGCUAACAUUUUUAAUGCUGGUGAGACUGUCUACCCUGUGUCCAAGUGCAGUUUUGCAGAGGCUGGAUAGACUGGUUGAACCCUUACGUGCUACAUGUACAACCAAGGUAAAAGCAAAUUCUGUGAAGCAGGAAUUUGAAAAGCAAGAUGAACUGAAGCGAUCUGCCAUGAGAGCAGUAGCGGCAUUAUUAACCAUUCCAGAAGCAGAAAAGAGUCCACUGAUGAGUGAAUUUCAGUCACAGAUAAGCUCUAAUCCUGAGCUUGCAGCCAUUUUUGAAAGCAUCCAGAAAGAUUCGUCGUCCACUAAUUUGGAAUCAAUGGACACUAGUUAGAUACUCAGAAUGGGAACCAUUAAUUUGAACCAUACGAUGCACUGAAUUGACAAGUUAAAAACAAACAAACAGAAAAGUAUCUAAUCUUCACAAUGUUCCAUUUUACCUUUAUGGAGACAGUUUGGCUUUUCCCCAUUGUUGCUUUUUUUAGCAUUUAUUCCAGAAAUAUGUAUUUCCAUAACUCAAAAGUUGUAAACCACUCAAGUUUUAGUGGAUUUGGACACACAUUAAAUAGAAAUAAAAGGUUAAAACGCAUGGUGUAUGGAAAUAGAUUCCAACAUCUGUUUGCCCUGUAAUGUUUAGGAUUAAAAGUUUAAAAAUUUGUGACCAUGA